AUGCGCUUCUUUCUGACGUAUCCUCCACUGGAAAUACUGCUGGAACCUAAAAAGGGGGAAGCGAUUAAAGCUUACAAUGUGGAAAUUGAUCCGUACAAUGACACUGCCAUCAUACUUAUCGAUCAUCUAACGAAAGUAACAUUUGACGCUUUCGAGGCUGGAAUCAGACCGAGCGAUCUCUACAACAAUUCGUUUCGCUCCAAGUGGAACCUAGCGUCAUCACUCUUCUUCACCACAACCGUACUCACAUCUAUAGGUUCCAGCAGUAUUUCCAGUGGAGGAUACGUCAGAAAGAAGCGCAUUUUCCAAAGGGGAUAG